GAUUCAUUUCCAACAUGGCUGCCUGAGCGCUGGGUGCGAUUUCUACAGGAAAUACUUUUUACAUGGCUGUGAAUUUGUGAAGGGCUGCCAUUUUACCGAGCUUACGUUUUCAAAAACGAAUAAAGAUGAGAGAUCAAGAGGUUCAGCUCAUAUCCAGCCAUUAUCAUGAAAAUUUACUUGAGGCAAUGUGGAAAUUAAGAGCCACAGGGAACCUGUGUGACAUCACAGUGCAAGUCAGUUUUCAAGGGGAGCUGGGGGAUUUUGAGGCCCACCAAGUAGUACUUGCUGCAACUAGUGGCUAUUUUAAGACUCACCUUUUGGCAGAUAAACAAGUAAAAAAAUUGUCCUUGACUGAAAUUUCACCCAAAGCCUUUAACAAAUUCUUAGAAUAUGCAUAUUCUGGAAAAAUGGAAGUGGAAAAGAGCUGUCUUCUCAACAUACUGCAGAUGGCGAAGCUGCUGGAAUGCCAAAACCUAGUUGAUAUUUGUGAUGCAAAGCUUCUGGAUCAUGAUAAAGAAAGCAUGCAUGGUGGUAAAGUUGAAACACGAGUGAAACUAAAAAGGGGGAGGUCUGAAAAGCAUGCAAAAAAAGCAUUAGGUCUGAGAAAAAAGUUGAAACUCAAAACCUUGGAUACUCAAAGGGAGAGAAAGGUAGAGGUACAGGGCAGGAGGAGUAGCAGCAGGUUAGCAGGUCGCAGAGUCUCAGUGAAUUUCAGCAAGAAAAAGACUAGCCGCAAAGCAAGACCUCAGUCUGAGGCUUAUGACCCCUCAUUAAGCCCAGAUGAAACAGAGAUAACACAAGAGGCACCACUGCAGAUUUGUGAAACAGAAUCCAUGGGUCCUAGUGAUCAGAUUUUCUCUGAGAAGGAGGCUCUCGCUGACAGCGGUUCUGAAUCAGCCUGCACUUUGAACCGUGAUGUGCCAGAUGAAACUCUUGAGGGCCCUGACUUCGUACCAGCUGAAGCCACGGAUGAAACAGAUGAGGCUGAAAAAGAAUGCAAGACAGGCAGUGCAAAGUAUGACUGUCACAAAUGCAUCCGUUCAUUUCGCUAUGAGAAGAGCUACCUGAAGCAUGUCAGAGUUAGUCAUGGGAUCCAGACUGACACUACCUACCGCUGCAACAUCUGCCAGCAGACGUUUGCCAACCGCUGCAACUUAAAGAUCCAUGAGCGGCAUGUGCACAGUGAUGAGAGGCUCUUUCCAUGUGACGUGUGUGGCAAGGCCUUCAAACGCAAGAAGGAUGUGACACGACACAGGCGGCAAGUUCACGAGGGUGGAACUGAGCGCCACUUCUGCCCCGUCUGUGGUAAAUCUCUAAGUUCUAAAACAGCUCUCACUCUGCAUGAGAGAACCCACACAGGUGACAAACCCUACAACUGCGAUGAAUGUGGAGCCAGGUUCUCCCAAAGCUCUGCUCUCAAAACACAUCAAAGGAUCCACACUGGUGAGAAGCCUUUUGCUUGCGACAUGUGUGAUGCCAGAUUUACUCAGAACCACAUGCUGGCUUACCAUAAGAGAUGCCAUACAGGAGAAAAGCCUUUUAUGUGUGAAAACUGUGGGAAAAGUUUUGCAUCUAAAGAAUACCUGAAACACCAUGCCAGAAUUCACUCUGGAUACAAGCCUUACAAGUGUGAAAACUGUGGAAGAGCAUUUGCUCAACGGAACUCACUUCAUCAGCAUAUGAAAAUCCAUACAGGUGAAAGGCCUUACCACUGUAAGGACUGCGAUAAGCAGUUCACUCAGCUGAACGCUCUUCAGAGGCAUCAGAGAAUCCACACAGGAGAGAAACCAUACAUGUGCAGCAUGUGUGGUCGAACCUUUACAGACAAGUCUACUGUCCGCAGACACACCAUGACUCAUGACAAGGACACUCCUUGGAAGAAUUAUCUGGUUGUGCUGCAGGGUAAUGUAGAGGGUCGUGUCAAGAAGCCUAAGGGCACCUCUCUGAAGAAGGACAAGGCAGCAGCGAAUGCAGAGGAACGUCAGGCAGUGGAGAAGCAGAGUGAACCUCAGCCCCAGGAAAUAGUAACUGUGUCAGAAGAGCCGGUGACCAUCGCUGGGGACUGGACUGGUCCUGGCACCAUAGCGCUGGUCAGCCAUGGAGCACUGGGCAGCCUAACAGUUAUUCAAACUGAGGUGCCUGCUGGUACGCAACUGCAGCCCAUUGUCACGGCUGAUGGAGCCAGCGUCAUUUCUCUGGAUAGUUCUGCUGUUGGCAUCCCUGUUACUGUCCCCUUUUCCAUUCCUAUCUCCGUUGCACAUUCCAUCUCUGAGUCAGCGCCGCUGUCUGGCUCAGUCCCUCUUUCUGAUCCAGCUACAGUUUCUGACGUCAUGCUGGCUCCAGUGGUCACAUCAGCAACAUCAGGAGACGCAGUCACAGAAGCCCUUCUGGCUCCAGCUGAAGUCACUUUGUCUGCCUCUACUGAAUGCUUAACGGCACAGUCAGAAGUGGAACAGAUUCAUCAGGUACAAAAUUCAGACUCCCAUCAGGAAACGACUGAGCAUGUGCAGACUGCAGAAACAGUAGAGGCCAUGGAGAUCUCUACAGGAGAUAGUGGAGAGUGAUUUUGAAGCUUCUUUUGUGGUCAACACUUUUUCUACACUAUAUCUAUAGGCUCACUAAUCUUUUUCCCUACUUUAAUGUGUAUAUACAUUAAUUGCUGCUUUUUGUAGAGAGUGAUUAAGGAAGACAAGAGAUUUAUUUCUCACAGUUAUGAUUUUCAUGUACAUAAAAUGUUAUGAAGUUUUCCUUUGCCUGGUUUUUAACUGUUAAAUCAUACUUAAUGUCCGAUAAGAAUGAGGAUAUCAAAAGUAAGCUGUUAAAACAUUUAAACCUCUGUCUAUCAGCGUUAUGCUGUGUGGCCUGAAGAUAUCCUUCUCAUUGGGAAAGCUGUCAACAUGAUUUUUUUUUAAUUAUCUGGACACAAUAGUUAUACAGCUUACAAUCAACUCCAGAAUUAUUGGCACCCUUAAUAAAAAUGAGGUAAAAUCAAUAUAUUCAAUAAAGCACACAUACAGUGAGUGAUAUUGUGGGCUUGAAUAAAUGAGUAAGCUGCAUAUUUUUAUUUUUACACUGUUUUGGAACUAAAACGUUUUUUUUUUUUUUGGGAAAACAGCUGUCAAAAAUAUUGGCCUCCCCAUUUUUAAUAUUUGGUGAGGCCUCCUUUGGUUAGGGUAACAGACUGAGCUGCUUUCUGUAAUGCUUAACAAGGUUGGAGAAUACUUGUAGGGGGAUCUUGGACCAGUCUUCCAUGCAGAACAUGUCUAGUUACUAGAUAUUCUUGGGUCUUCACUCGUGGACUGUCCUCUUCAAAACCCAACAUUUUGUAUUCCCACAACCAUUUCAGUGUGGAUUCUGAUGUGUACUUGGGGUCAUUAGAUCCCUUGAAGGUCCACCGAUGGCCAGGUUUCAGCCUUCUGGCAGAGUCAGACAGAUUUUUGGCUAAAAUCUUCUGGUAUUGAUGGAAUUCAUUGUGCCAUUGGUUUUCAUUGUUUUUCACCAGCAAAACAAGCUCAAGUCUCAAUGAUCCACCACCAUAUUUGACAGUGGGUAUCAGAUAUUUUCAUUGUGAUGAUGGUUUCAUGUUCAUCUGACCACAUCACAUGAUUCCAUUUGUAGUUCCAGUGACAUUUUGCAAAGUAUAGGCACUGCACUUUGUGGUUUGCUCUUACGAAAGGUUUCUUUGUGGAGCUCCUGGUCAUGGAGGUGGCAUCCGACAGUGAAUUUUGAAAACUGAAAACCCCAAAAUGCAACUAAACUGUGAUGUUUAGAUUCCUCUUUGUUGCUCUUUCCAAAUUCUUCUUUGCAUCUCUUAGCCAAUUUUCAACUGUUCCAUGCUUUUCAAACUUCAUUAUCACUGUGAUUGUUUUACCCAUGUUGGUGGAGGACAAAAUUACUUUACAUGUGUGUAACCUCAUAUUUAUACCCCAGGGAAACAAGAAAUGGUCACAGACACUAAUGGAGUUUCUGGAGUGUCUAAACAUUUUUGAGGAACAUUUGAAUUAUUAGUUAUAAUGCUUAUUGUGCAUGUUUGCUCUUGCUCAUAUUUUUGAGCAGUGCCAAUAAUUCAGCAGUUGAUUUUAUCACACAGCAGAGUAUCGCUCUCCACCCAUUUUAAAAGUCACCAAGCUUGAAUUAAAAAUGGAUCAGAUACUUCUAGUGUUAUUCUAUAUUUUACUGAAACAUAAGGAUGCAAUAUGUUAAAGCCUUAAC